ACUAGAUCGCCCCAGCUUUUGGCCUUGGCGCCCGCGAAGGGGUAUUCUUGCAUCUUGCGCGCUGCACACGACCAUCAGAAACCCUUGCCGUGCGAUACAGUUGCAAACCGAAGCGCCCAGCGCUCUCCAAUCCAGCUGAACCAAGCUUGCCAUUUGCUGCCGCCUCGCCGGAGCUCGUCCGCGUCGCGUAAACACGUAAGCAGCGCAGCUGUCGCGUACUAGAAAAGCCGCAGCCUUCCGUGCCAGAUCCGCUGAAGACAAGCUAUGCCCUUCGACGCGCACCAAGCGCGCCGCGAGCUGCGGCGGGCCAUCCCGAUCCUCAGGCAGCACGGCCUGCGGCAGAGCGCCAAGUUCUGCGCCGAGCAGUUGAUUGGGCUGAACGGCGACGGCAGCGGCCCCAUCACAUCACAACCGCCGCCUGCGCCGAGCCGCGCGCAGCAGACGCUCGCAUUACUAGAGAGAGGCGAGCCGUCGGACGCGUUCCUGCUCGCCGGCACGUUCUUCGAUCUGGGGGAAUACGCGCGCGCGGCCGUCGCGCUCACGGAGGCCUCGGACCGGGGCGCGCCGCUGCCCGCGGCGGCGCCUCAUGAAGAUGCCGCGCCGCGCGACGUCUUCCUCUGGGCCUACGCCCUUUAUCUGGCCGGCGAGAAGCGCAAGGAGGAGACGGUCGCCGAGACGCGCGACGCGUCGGCGAAGAGUAGGGUAGGGAACCCCUACGCCGCCGGGUUGCGGGAUGUCUUGGUGGCGCGGCGGCGGCGCGGUCAAUUACAAGGCUUAGGAGCCUACGCGCUGGGCGUCGUGCUCAAGGAGCUCGCGCGCGGCCGCGCGCCGCUGCCGACGCCGCUCGGGCCCGGGUUAGAUGACGACGGCGCCGAGAAAGUGGAAGAGGAGGACGACGCGCGCGACGCGCGGGCCGCGCUCGCCGAGGCGACCGAGACCUUCCCCUGGAACUGGUCCGCCUGGCUCGAUUUAGCUGCGGUCGACGCCAAGGACGCGCCGACGGCGUCGCUUCCAAUGGACGAGGACCAGGCCGCGCGCCAGGCGGCCAUUGAUGAUGGCGGCGCGCUCUCGCAUGAUGACGGGCCGGCCGGCGCGUCGGAAGAUCUGGUGCGGGCCUGCGCGCGCGCGCACAAUGAUAUUGAACGGCAGCGCUGCGAGGCUGCUUUAGCGACGUUGAGGCGGUGCCACGGCUGCUCGCAGUCGGCGUGGGUGCUGGCCGCGGAGGCCCUGGCCCACUAUGCGCGGCGGGACUUCGACCAGGCGCGAGACUGCUUCGAGGCGUUGCGGGAGAGGGAUCCUUUUCGAUUGGACGACCUGGAUGUGUACUCGAACGUGCUAUAUGUUCAGGAGGCCCGCGCGGAACUGUCGAGGUUGGCCCACGCGGCGACGCGCUGCGAAAAAUAUAGGCCGGAGACGUGUUGUGUGGUCGGGAACUACUACUCCCUGAAGGCGCAGCAUGAAAGAGCCGUCUUGUACUUUCGUCGGGCGUUGCGAUUAGACAGAACUUGCCUCUCCGCGUGGACGCUCAUGGGCCACGAAUAUAUCGAAAUGAAGAACACGGCCGCGGCUAUUGAGGCUUAUAGAAGGGCAGUGGAUGUAAAUGGCAGAGAUUACCGCGCGUGGUACGGUUUAGGUCAAACGUACGAAAUCCUCAAUAUGUACUUUUAUGCCCUGUACUACUAUCGGAAGGCGGCCGUACUCAGACCGAGGGACGCUAGGAUGUGGAUCGCCAUCGCGCAGUGCUACGAGAAGCUUAAUAGGGAUGACGACGCGAUCAAGGGUUACGAACGCGCGGCGCAGCACGACGACCAGGAGGGCCACGCUUUACUCAAACUCGCGCGAUUACAUAGAGGACGGGCCUCCCACGACGAGGCCUUCGCCUGCUACGCGCACUACGCGCGGCUCCAUAAUGAUACGGACGCAGCGGACCUGGGCGACGCGACGGCCGAGGCCUUGCUAUACCUCGCGACGGCGCACAAAAAGUCUGAGAGGUACGACGAGGCCCAGCAGUGCCUCGGGAGGCUCUUAGAUUAUCCGGGGCCCGAGAAAUUGGAGGCGCAGGCGAUGCUGCGCGAGAUCCGGGCGCUCGUCGACCCGGCGUCGUCCGUGCCGGCGGACGUCAUGGGGGACUUAUAGCAUACAGUAGUAUUCUCU